GCGCACUAAGCCCAAGUAUCCGUUUAUUUAAAACUAUUAAUUAAUGUUAGUUUUUGGGUUCACCUCAUCACUUGUAUUUUCUAUGUUUUUCUUUCUUGCAAGAAAAGAGAACCAACCAACUCAGAGGGUGUGUGACCGUUUCAAAAAGUAAGAGAGAGAAAGGGAGAGAAGUGAAAAAACAAAACCAGUAGAUAACAACAGAGACUGUCACAGAUCAUUCAAAGUACUUUGGUCUAAAAGUCUCAGUUCACUCUCCACACAGUGUUUCUCAUAAGAGGAGGCUGUGGUUGGUGUUAUCAGUUUUUCGGUUUAUCUCAGGAUAUACUUAACAUAAAAUCAAACAUCAUUGUAUUUGAGGUGUUAGAGGGAAAGAGGUAAUAGCAAUUUUCUUUCCCUUUUUCAUUUGAAUACCUUUUGGUGAGGGCUUUUCGGAAUGGAAUUCGUGCUUAUUACGGUGUAAAGGUGGAUGAAAGAGAAGGGAGAAGAGCAUGCAAGUUGGCUGGCUCUGGUGAAAAAAGAGGGAGCCUCAAGCAAAGAGAGACACCAAUAGAAUAAGCACUCUCAAAUUAAUCAUGCAAGAUAUGAAGCAGAAGCAACAGGGAAAUGAAGAAUCUAAGAAGAAGGAGCGUCACAUUGUGACUUGGAGUCAGGAGGAGGAUGAUAUACUUAGAGAGCAGAUUGGUAUUCAUGGAACUGAAAAUUGGGCAGUUAUUGCAUCUAAGUUCAAGGACAAAACGACAAGACAGUGCAGAAGAAGAUGGUACACUUACUUGAAUUCUGAUUUCAAAAAAGGUGGAUGGUCAGCUGAGGAAGACAUGCUCUUAUGUGAGGCACAAAAAAUAUUUGGUAACAGAUGGACGGAAAUAGCAAAGGUGGUUUCAGGCAGAACGGAUAAUGCUGUGAAAAACCGUUUCUCCACACUCUGCAGAAAGAGAGAAAAAUAUGCAGCUUUAGCAAAAGAGAACUGCACUUCAUACAUCAAUUCAAAUAACAAAAGGAUUAUCCUCCAACAUUAUAAUAAUAUGGAUACAACAUCAGAAUCUGGAGUACCUAUUGGGAAGAUGAGGAGGGCCCAUAUCCCUGAUGAUGCAGAAAAGAUCAAAUUUGGGGACCGAUCACAUUUACAAAACAGAACUCAAAUAAAUCAGCAGCCAAGAGCACCAUUUGCAGUAUUAGCUCAAAACUCCAAUAACUUAAACAACUUGCCAGGCCAGGAUCAUGCUUGCAAUCCCAAGUUUAACAGUUCUGCCCAAAAUAACAAGAGUCAAGGGACAUUCCUCAAAACCGAUGACCCAAAGAGAAGUGCAUUGAUGCAACAGGCAGAGUUACUAAGUUCACUAGCUCUUAAAGUUGAUACAGAGAACAUGGACCAAAGUCUUGAAAACGCAUGGAAGGCUCUUCAAGAGUUUCUGAACCGAACCAAAGAAUCAGAUAUUCCUGGACACAAGAUUCGAGAUUUACAGCUCAAAGAUGUUGAAGAUAUGAUUGAGGACUUGAUGAACGGCAGUGAGAAUGGCCAGGCUUGUUGGAGGCAAGUGGAACGUCAUGAAGAUUCUCCAGGAAGUUCUGGAUACAGUACAGGAUCAACUCUCCUGUGUCAGUCAGCUGGUGAUAAUUUGGAUCACUCAUUGCAUGAGGAUAUUGGAACUGAAAUAAAGUCUGAGCAAUUUGGAGAUGAAAAAGGAGUAGGUAGAGAUGAGAAAGGGGUUCUUUCUACUGCAAAUGUAGAUCAAGAUGUUUUACCAUAUUGUGAAGAACAAAUAAAUAAUGAUGGGAUUGUUUCUACCUCGUCAAGAUUGGAGUUUAGCUCUCCUAUUCAAGUAACCCCUAUGUUCAGAUCCUUGGCAGCAGGAAUUCCCAGCCCACAAUUUUCAGAAAGUGAAAGGAACUUCUUAAGGAAAACACUCGGAAUGGAAUCUCCAUCCAUCAACCCAAGUGCCAAAUCAUUACAACCACCACCGUGCAAAAGAGCCCUACUGCCUAGUCUAUAAUCCAUCUGAGAUACAAAUUAUGAUCCAUUCUUGCCCCUUUCUCAUCCUUGGCAAGUCUGGCUUGUGGAGAUCUUCUCUACAUCUUUAGAGAAAUGUUGCAAUUUCACUCCUAAAAUUUUGAGAGGCUUAUGAUCCCCGAGAAUGUUACAUAUAUAACAUUCUUGCCUUCUUCAACAUAUCUAACAUCAUCCUUUUCCUCUCCCUCCACCCCCAACUCAAGGUUACCUUUUUGAUACUUGCACAUAAAAUUGGCUUGCUCAGUGUGUCAUUCUUUGGUUUGUUUUCUUUUGAUAUUAUUCUGGGUUUGUUUUUCUCCAAUCCAGCCUUUUGUCUUGAACCCUUUUUAUGUACAGAGCCUGUUGUGUAAACACUAGCAUCCUGAUUCCUGAGUGUGUAUUAGCAUUUGCUUAGAUUACUACAUAUAAUGAAUAGAAGCAUAGGUAGAAGAGAGAGAAAAAAGCUUAGCAGUGAGAACAUGAUUCUUAUUUGUUGUUGAGUGUGUGCAUAGGUUAUUUAAUAAAUAUUUUUUCCUUGUUGGUUCUGAUGUACUGAAACUUAAUUAUAAGCGAGUGGAAAUGCAUUUUGGUUUGGUGUGCAAA